GGGGGGCAGUAGUGUGCACGAAGCGUUUAAAUCUCAACAUAAUAUCACCAGACGAAGAGUGUCAUCUGUCAAGCGUUUGCUAGUUGGCUAAAGCUAACUGACUUCCUUAGUAAAUGCCGUCAGCCGGUCAGUAGUGACAAUAAUGGAACUGUUAUGGGAGGACCCUCCAGUCCCCGAUGCUCCUUUCUUUACCAGAGAUCUCUACGACAAAUAUUCCCUUGCACCUAAUAUCAGAGAACUAUGGGCCUUUCUGCAAAGUCCUGCAGAGAAUGCCGACAUAAAACAGGAGAGUGAUGAUGGGGAUGCGAAAGCCUCCUGCUCUCUCUCCACAGAAGAAGCUGCAGAGUUUAAAGACAACUGUUGCAUCAGCAAGAAAAAGUACGUACGUACGUACAGCUGUAAUAGUGAUGAUCCAUGUGCAGACAGUGCUAUGGAAGGUGAAGAAGAAUGUAUGGGUGCCAAAAAAGUAAAGCUCAAACAGGAUGAGAAUGUGGAAGAUGCUCCUUAUCCUGAACCCAGACUGCCCUACCCAUGUAUGUCAAACUUGUCCUGCAAAGAGCAGAAGACAUAUCUUGACAUUUUGAUGAGUAAAAAUACAAGGAUUCCUCCACAGAUGUUAAAGGCACGAAUAAACAGUGAAGUCACGCAGUUCAUGAGGUACCUGCAAGAUGUGGCCAGAAUAUGCGCUGAAGACUACAACUUUAUAUCACAGGGAGCUUUGCAAUAUUCAGAGGAUUUCUUCAAGGGCUGUUUGGAGUGCAUUAAGACAAUUCCUCAGCUCUACCAGAUCCGUGAGAUGACUAGUUUGACAGGGGGAACUUUCAACCCAGGGCUGAUGCUGACCUUUGAAAAACAGCUGCUAAUCAUGGGCAAUGUGGAUAUUACAGACCACAAGAUAGUGCCUGCUGACGCUCAGCUUGCAUCGGAUUAUCAGAGUGUUUCAUCAGUGAAUCCUCCAGCUAAAAAAGCUAAGGACAUGCAUGCUACAAUCAGCAGUGAUAGCAAUGCAGAGAAGCUGUGUGCCCGCUACGAGCCUCACGUGUGUCUGACUCGAGAUGCCCUCGUCAGGCUGCUAGACAACCACGGCCCUGACUUUGGAGAGCAAUGGGAAGUGCCUGUUUGGGUCAAGUCAAACCAAGGAAAAGGCAGUGGUCAGAAGAAGACUGUGUACAUAGACUCACCGCUUCUGAAGACUGAAAUGACAGUGAGAGAGAGGAGUCAUAUCUACCAUGAGGAGAGUUUGAAGCUCUCCAUCAAGAAGAACGGAAGUAAACACGUUUUUCAUUUAAUGACAGAUCUUCCUGAAAAUGAGCAGCAACUCUCACCGGAGAGCUCACAAAGAAAUAUUGUGUCUUUUGAAAACAACGGCCUCGACUUUGAGGUGGACCUCACUGACUUGGAGACAUUUGGAGAGAUGACACCCAUUAAAACCCCCAAGAUACAGAAGGAGCAGGGCUUGUGUGUCAAAAGCAAAAUAGCUACAAGUUGCCCACCUUUAAGUAAAACUGAAAGGUCUAGUAAGGAUCUUGUAAACACUAGCAGCAUUAGUUCCCAAGAGGAGACGAACACCUCACUGACAGAUAUGAAUGAUCCCAUGACAGAGGGAACAACUCAGCCAGCUGUGAGUGAGACUGCUGUAGCAAAAACUGAACAAAGGAGAGCGGACUCCACGCAGAAAAGUAACGGAGACCUAGUCUUCACAGGAGACUCAGAUGAUGAGAAGCUAGUCAUUGAUGACUUCGUGUCUCCAGCAAAAACACCUACAAAACAAGCCAAGCCUAAUACCACAACAUGCCCUGAGUCAGUACCGGUAAAUUCAGAGUCACCUUCCCCUCAAAAUGUUACAAGGCAGAGGCGACAAUCCAGAAGAGCCAAGGUAUCUGGUGACCAGCUGAGUGAAAUCCUGCGCAUGCAGGCGGCCAUGUUCAGCUCUGCCAAUGACACGGCCAGAUGUUCCACUGUAUCCCAGGAGACCACCUCACCCACCAGAUGUAUGGGACCUUCCAUUCAGUCCCAUUCAUUGUCUCUGGUUAAGCCCAGCGUGUCCUCAUAUUUAGAGAGAAACCAGAAGCAGGAUGGAGAUAUCGGCGCUGCUCCUCAUGAAUCUGCACCAGUGGUCGGCGUCACUACAACAGAGCACAAAAAGCUACUGUCACAAGACCUGCAGGCUGGUGUGGAAGAUGAACAAGAUUACGAGGCUCCAGAGAAAGGCAACCUGUUCUACAAACUCUACAGUCUGCAAGAUUUGCUGCUCAUGGUGCGCAGCUCUGUCUCACUGACCCACACCAGAAGAGUAGGGGACAGCCAAAACCGGUACGUGCCAGUGCACGUCUUGCCCAAGCUGGAGUACCAGUUGAGUUACGGUGUUGAGUGUCUGAGCAGCAGUGAGGCCUGCCAGCUGUGGACUGAGACGUUGCUCCACUCCAGCACUGUAUCCUACACAGCUCACAUCAAUGCACACACAUCAAAAGUAGCUCUGCUGCGAAAGCUGCCUGACGACUGGAAGCAGAACAUCUCCUGUGGGUUCAAGCCGUCCAAGUCACUGAAUAUACUGCACCACCUGCUGAAAAAGCUGACUGGGUUAGAGGACGGACGAUACCUGAUCGCACACAAGGCGGGGGAACCAUUUGUGACCUUACUAAAAGCAGCUAAUGGGAAAGUGACUCGGGGGGCAUACAACCUGCAGCAGGUCCACAGCUCUGUCCCACGGCCCCCGGAAUCUGGCCUCGUGCCUUGGAUACCUGUGGAUCCAGCCGUGGUCCUGCCCUUUCACCAGAAACAUGGCCGUGUUCCCUGCACCUUCCCGCUAAAACCUUUUCUAAAGACAGAAAAAGUCGGACCCUCGCAGCCCAACAAUCCUGGAGCUGGGCAGUCGAAGGGCAACAUGGGUGCAGAAGGCAACACAAAGAAGAAGAAAAAGAAACGUGCAGCCAGACGUAACAAAUUAGGUGAGUCAGAAGAGGAGCUGGAUCUGUACUGCUAAGGAAAGGAAAGGAAAGGAAAGCACUCACCAGGUCUUUGAUUUCAUACUGAAAAUACUGACCUUAAAUAGAAAUGUGAAUGCUGAAGCACUUUUACAGUGUAGAAUCUACAUGUUUAUAUUUAUAUUUUGUCCAGAGAUAUUUUCGUAUAUUUUGCCAAUUUAAUGUUUUGUUAAAAAAAACAUUAGCAAUAAAGUUAUUUUGUCUGUAUUGCGCACAA